AUGCAAAUGAAAGCCACAAACAACUUCAGCUACUCUGGCAACGGCAGCAACUGCAGCAGCGAUAACAAAAUCAGUCAGGUCAUCUUUCCUUUGCUUUACACACUUCUCUUCCUGGUGGGUCUCACUAUGAAUGGCCUGGCAACGUGGAUCUUCUUUAAAAUAUCCAGUAAAUCCAAUUUCAUCAUCUUCCUCAAGAACACUGUCAUUUCUGACAUCCUCAUGAUCUUGACUUUUCCAUUUAAAAUCCUUAGUGAUGCAAAGUUGGUACCGUGGGUGCUGAGAGGAUUUGUGUGCCAGGUCACCCAGGUCAUAUUUUACUUCACCAUGUACAUUAGCAUUAUGUUUCUUGGGCUAAUAACUAUCGAUCGCUAUCAGAAAGCCACUUCACCAUUCAGAACAUCAACCACAAAAAGCCUUUUCGGUGCCAAGAUCCUGUCCACGGCAAUCUGGAUAUCAAUGUUUACUCUUUCAUUACCCAACAUCAUUCUAACAAACAAGGAAAAAACACCUAAGAAUGUAAAAAAGUGUGCUCUCUUGAAAUCUGAGUUUGGCUUAGUCUGGCAUGAAAUCGUGAACUAUAUUUGCCAACUUAUCUUCUGGGUUAAUUUAGCAGUCAUAGCUGUAUGCUACAUACUCAUAAGUAAGGAACUGUACAAAUCCUACAAAAGGACAAGAUGCACAGGAAAAGCAUCUAAAAAAAAUGUAAAUCUAAAGGUUUUUAUCAUAAUUGCAGUGUUUUUUAUUUGUUUUGUGCCAUUCCACUUCACUAGAAUUCCCUACACUUUGAGCCAAACAAGAGACGUUUUUGAAUGCUCUGCUCAGAACACCUUGUUUUACUUAAAAGAGAGCACGCUGUGGCUGACAUCACUAAAUGCUUGCCUAGAUCCAUUCAUUUACUUUUUCCUUUGCAAAUCAUUUAGAAAAUCCUUGCUAGACACACUAUGCAAGCACACAGAAUCGCCAGAACUCCGAACACAGAUGGCAGUGCAGAAUGAAGGAGAUGACACAGACGAGACACCACUCUAGCACGAAGAACUAACCAUGUCCCUACUUGGCCACGUACGCUUAUUUGGAAGGCAAGGAGAAAGCAGUAAAAUCCUGCUGAAAGUUACCUAGAAUUUUGACAACACCUUUACAAAUUGCCCUACAGAUGAAGC